UUGUGGAGCACAGAUCCAGAAGCUCAGCUCUUAAGAAGGCUUAUUGAUGUCAGGGACUGUCACGAGUCAACAGAUUAUGGCCUUAAAGAUCACCACCUAAGAGCUUUUAAGAAGGCAUUCAGCAGUCAAGCUCCUGAAUACACCGGCAGUGCACAGAAAGACGCUCAUGAAUUCCUAACAUUAUUCCUCGAUGAGGUCAAAAGGCUCACACCUCACCUGGAGAGGAACGCAGCUCUCCUGGGCCAAAGUUAUAGCUGCCCAGUAGAAGACCAUCACAUUUUUAAAAUGGAAAACAUGAGGACAUGCAAGAGCUGCGGUCACCAAUCAUCACAGCAAGAGGAAUUCACCAGCUUGUCUCUUGACCUUGUUCCAGAGGGGUCUAUUAUAAACAUGUUAGAGACAUACUUGAAGGAACAAGAAAUAGAAUUUCGCUGUGAUUGUGGAGGGACGGCCUCAGAACUGAAGUCGUCUUUUGAUACACUGCCAAGAGUUCUGAUCUUGCAUCUGAAGAGGUUUGGCUUUACACAAACCUACAAGAUUAAGAAGGUGGAUGACCCCGUCAGGCUGCAGAGGGACUUGGUGGUGCCAUCCAAUCAGGGUGGUGGCUGUUAUAGUCUUGUCAGCAUCAUCAAUCAUUAUGGAGGCACAGAAUCAGGACACUACAUCUGUAGUUCUGUCCAUCCUGAGGAGAGUCAGCACUCUACAUCAGAUCGCUGGCUCACCUAUAAUGACGCACAGGUGCUCCACACAACCGGAUCGGCAGCUUGUGAGGAACAGCAGCACUCGGCCUACAUGCUGUUUUACAAGAGAAACUUCUGAAACAGGAAAUGGAAGGAAG